GAGAGAGAGAGAGAGAGAGAGAGAGAGAAGAGAGAGAGAGAGAGAGAGAGGAGUAUUUGGCGCGGCAGUGUGAAGGAGGAGGCCAUGUUGGGCGAACGUGUGGCGGGCGCUGCGGGCGGGGACUUCGGAGAUGACUUCGGCGGGCGAGGUCAGCUUGAAAAGGACCUAAAAAAAUAUGGUGGACUUGGGGAGAUUGAUCAGAUCAUGACAGGCUUGGAGAGGGUCGAGAGGGUUUAUGGAAACUUGAGAUGGUGUUCCUUCAAGGAGGAACCUACAAGGAAGGCAGCUCCUGAGGACAGAGGCUUGAGGCUCUACCUGUCCGCCAUUGUUGGAUAUUGUUUAUAUGUCCACCUCUUCCAUGUCCUCGGGACCAUCACGUGUCUCAUUGACAUCUGGUGCCAGAGGUCUUCCCUUUACAUUUGGCGACUAGCAGUGCUCACUACCUCUUUCUUGUUGACACAUCCUUAUUUUGUCUUUCGUCAUUAUUUUUUUCUUUCUCAUUUACUCUUCUUUAUACUUUCUCGGCAUUUUUUAAUCUUUCCUCUUCUUCCUCCUCCUCCAGGAAUCGACAGAAUGGCGCUCCUGCAGCCCAAGGAGACGAAGAACCUCAGGUUUGACUUCAAAACGGACGACCUGCAGUUCCACUCAUCUGAGGAGGACUACGAGGAUGAGGAAGAGCUGGAACUGGAGGAGGAGGAGGAGAUGCUUGAGGAGGAAGAGGAAGAGGAAGAGUAUUACGAGGAAGAGGAGGAGGAAGAGGAGUUUGAUAGUGAAGCUGAAGACCCGGAAGAGGAGGCCCUAUUGAAAGCCAGAGGAGUGAUUGAUGACUACAGUGACGACCAAGGUUUGGUCCUGAACGAUGCCUCCGAUCUCCUCAAUUCAGCUCCCAAAGCCCAGCAGAGGUCCCUACCGCCUAGUGCUGACCCCUGGGCAGGUGAUCCUUCUGCAGGUACCCCCAGCAGGGACUCAGGUGGUUCCCGUGACCCCCUGAAGGAGUUUCGCAGGCAGAAGGAGGAGGACCAGAGGAAGCAGGCUGUGGAGGUAGACAAAAGUAAAGCUGGCCAAACCCCCCAGGAAAGACAGCCAGCUAAGGCGCAAGCCACACCACCCAGCGCUCCAGCAAAACAGAUCCAGAAUACACAGCCCAAGCCAGCCACCUUGCAGAACCCAGCUCCUCAGGGACCACAGAAACCUCAACCAGCAGCGGUUAAGCCUCCAGCUGCCACACCAAGCCAGCAGGGAGCAGGGUCUGAGAGCAAAGGAAAGCCAGUGGAGAGCCAAACGAAGCCUUCUGAUCCAGUCAAGAAGUCUGAUCUCCCCGUGGCACCAGAGGACAGGAAGCUUGAGCUGGAAGGGGCCCCCAAGCAGCGCAAGACGAACCCCCUCGACCGCGUAGUGGCCAAGCUUAGUGGGAGAACAGAGCCCAAGGAACCCCCUCAAAGCACAGCUCAAGCCAGCAGCACAGGGAAGACAACGCCAAAGCCAUCAGAACUGACACCGAAGAACCUGACUGUGAACCUUAAUAAAUUGAUGGAGAAUGAAGAAACAGAGGAAGAGGAGAGUCAGACUGCUGCAAGUAAAGAAGAGCAGAAAGUGAAGAUUGAUUAUGCUGAAAUUCAGAGGAAAAUUCAAGAAGAGACAUCUAAGUUCCGUGUGGCUGAGGAACAGAAGAUCCGCAAGCAACAAGAAGAGGAUCUGAAAGCACUUCGGGAAAGACUCAGCAAGGAACUCAGAGAGAUGGAGGAAAAGAUAAGGAAGGAAAAUGCAGCCACACUUCAGAAAUUCCAAGAGGAAGAGAAGAAGAAAACUCAGUCAGCACGAAAGCAGCUCGAGACGCAGCUUCAAGCGGACCACAAGAAGAAGACGGAAGAGAUAAAAACCCGCCUGGAAAAGGAAGCCGAGGAAGAGAGGGAAAGAAUAGCCAAAGACUUGAGGAAGGAGAACGAGAAGGAGACGGAGAAUAUUAAGUUGGUGUAUGUCCAAGAAAUGCAGAAGAAGAAGGAGGAAAUGCAGCAGGAACAUGAAGAGGAGAUGCAAGAGCUGGAGAAGGAGCUGAAGGCACUGUAUCAGGAACAGAAGGAGGCAACACAAGCAGAAGUCAGCGCGACAAAGGCUGCUAUUGCUACCAGGAACAGCAACGAGGCAGCAGCAGUGGCAGACCUGGAGCGCGGCCUGACAGAAGUGUUGCGAGAACGACAGGCUGACAUCAAGAGAGAGCACAACAAGCAAUUGACAGUCCUUCGUGACGAGCUGGAGGAGGAGCUGGAGAAGGCAGCAAGACAAGCUAAAGAGAAGGAAACUUCUGAGAAAAAGGCCCAUGCAGCCAGACUAGCACGUCUCAAGGAAGAGCAUGAGGCAGAGGUUCGCCAGAGUGAAGAAACUCACGAGCAAGACAUAAAGGAUUUAGAGAUGCAACAUGAGGAGGACCUGGCCAAGCUCAAAGCUGACUUUAAGGCAGAACUUACCCUGCAGAAAACAGAAUUGGAGAACAAGCUGACAGAGUUCAGAAUAGAAUACGAACAGAGGAUGAGUAGUAUGGAGAAUGGUGAAGAGAAUGUCGGUGAGGAAGAGAUUGAGAGGGAAGACCAAGGAGGGGACUUUGUAAACGAGGAUUCAUCACAGUCCCAGAACAAUUUCAGAGAGAGAAAGGCUGGCAGUGUCACCAGUGCAAAGGCAGGAAGGUUAAAGGAUGAGGAGAAGAAGUACGACCAGAUCCUGAAGGAGUUACGAGACAGAAGGAUGAGUCUGGAGGAGGACCUAGAAGAGUUAAAAGCACAGGAGAGCAAAGUGAAGGAACUCAAGAAGCAGAAGCAGGUGGCAGACCCUUCCAGUUGCUGUGAGGCGGGUGCUUGUCUCCAUGAAUCCAAGUACAAGAAAAUGAAAGCCAGAUACUCCUCCUUAGUCAGUCGCAUCAAGUCUGAAAAGGCCAAGAAGUCUCGAAAGAUGGCUGCAGCUCAGGAUAUGAGUAGCCUUGACAUGCACUCACUUUCAGGGGACAGAAAUAGUACUGAGAGUCAAAUGAAUGUGUCGGAUGGAGGGCAGCAGUCAGACAUGACUUCUAGCCUCAUGUCGAGCCCCAAGCCUUCCCCUCAUCAUAUCAAAAGCACAAGCGAGGUCAGUGAGGACGAGGAGUUGCAGCUAGCUAUGCAGGUCAUGGAGAAAUACAGCAGAAUCUCAGAUUACAGCCCUGCCCCUCCUUCGCACUUGUCCACCGUAAAUGGCAGCUUGAAACACACGAUAACCAAGCCAAUGGUAAGCACUCCUAAAAAAGCAUGGCUGGAGGACGACCUACUUGCGCAUGGCCGGAAGAUUCUGAGUAAAACUGAGAAGUUUUUAAGAGCAAGUCAGUUCAGAGACCACACAGGAAACAGAGACAUAAAAGCAGAAGAUAUCCAGAGGGAGAUUUUGCGCCAGAAUGCUGACUUUGAAACACUUCCCUCGAGAAAGAUUCCUUCUCGCCGUCUGUCCUUAGCUCGUGGAGGAGGAGGGGGAGGAGGAGGAGGAGGAUCUCUAACCUCUGACACAGAAUCCGACGAACCUACACAGGAUGUUCCAUCAGGGUCAUCAGACUUUGGGCUCGACCAGAUAUUAGCCAAAAUUAGCUCUGAAAACAAGCAGUCUCCCGUACGUCAAAGACGGCGACCGUAUGGAACCCAUGAGCCUACUAGGCCCCUGCGAGCAACAGCCAGCCUUGAGCGUGGCCUGAACAACAUUUCUUAUCCUCUGAAUACAUAUUCUUCUGGCUACAACACAGUGACACCAACAGGACCCGUUCCAGUUAGACUGAACCACUUGAAUGCAGGUUCUGUUCCUGAUCUUGGGCCAGACACAGUUGACAGAAUCGCUGGGGUCAACCAAUACUUACAGCAGAGGUGGACUAAUUACUUUGGAGAGCUUUCUGUUCCACUAGGAGGAAAGGCAGGGUGGCCCUCACAGGUCAUAGGCCAGUCAACGUUUUUUGUAAACAAGAACAGCACCUCUAAAUUCUUCCACAAAGGUGACGUGUCAUCUUCAGCCGCUGGGAAGAACCAUUCCCCGUUUGUGGCUGCUGCUGGCAUGACCACAGUCACUCAUCAAGAAGACAUCAAUAUAACCCAGAAAAUUGAUGACUUGCGUGCAUGGUUAGACAGUGCACAGGCCACCUCAACAGUUCUGAGCAAUGCAAAUAAGUGAGCAGGGUGGCUUAUUAGUGCACCCAAGUGUGAAAUUUUUGUGAAUAGUUGCUACCCAUUUUGGUCUUCCACAACCCACAUACCGGUACUGUGUGACAGGAGGGAUCCUCUUCGGUGAACAAAUUUGUUCUGAAAUAUUUUUACUCUGUAUCUUUAGGUGCAUGUAGUUUGUAGCAAUAUGACAACCAAUAGCCUUGUGCUCAAUACAUUGUAAGAGUAUUGAAGCCUUAAGGGAGAGUUCUUGAUAAGUUAUUUUGAUACCUCUUACUGAUAUAUUACUUUCCAUGGGAAAGUGUCAUGUUCAGAGAGUAUUUUCCCAGAGUCCAAGGGAAGGAUUUGUGUGAACAAUUUUAAUGGUUGAAAACCAAAGAUGUAAAGUGUCCUCCUGUAUGUUUGCUUUUGUUUAAUACCUUGUAAAUAUGUUUUAGGGAAAGAUAAAAACAGGGCAGCAGUGCAUUAUAGAUCUAAUUAACAAGUUGUUUGAUAUAUUUGAUGUGGUAUAUAUGAAACCAGUGAAUUUGGCUCUUAAAACCUUCCUCAGACUGAAUAUACUGAUUUCAAGUGCAUAGAAAAUCAAGUGUGAUAACUUGGCUAAUCUCAGCGUAAUAUUAGUCCGUCCAGAAUCUGCCUUCAGGAGUUAUUCCAUUUUAUGCUAAAAGGAUUCAAAGAAUUCAUAUCAUUUCAAAAAGUAAUCUGGUAUCUUGUAAGCUCUUUCAGAAAGGUCAGCUGAAAGAAGUUGGUAAUAAAGUAGUUUCAUUUCCUAUACCUUGUAGUUGUGAAUGAUUAGCAACUUAAUUGGUUAAUAGGUGUGGAUUAAGUAUCAAGUAAAAAUAACUUGGUUAGAAUAGGAAGAUCAGUAAAUUUUUAGAACUAGUGAUAGAUGACAAAACACUCUUCUGUGUUGAUACAUUGGCAGAAAGGAAACACGGUGUAGCAAAGAGGUUAUCAAUAAGCCUGUUUUGUGAAUAGUGGGUUGAUCUGCCAAAAUUGUUUACAUGAAUGUUAAAGAAAUAUGACAUUCAGAGCAAAAUUAGCAACUUCCCAGAUUAGGGUUUUAUUUUAAGCUAUAGAAAUUGUCCUGAGAUCAUAUCUUUUAUUUUAUGAGUAUCAAAGAAAGGAUACAGAAAUCCAUGACCCAGAUAAACUUGAUGCUCGCUUUGGUGUUGAAUCAUAACUCAGAGUUUGAGAUUUAUUUCCCCCCCUUUUUUACCAGGGUCAGUACUGUGUAAUUGCUGUUUUUUAGUGGUUAUAUGUCAUUAAUCUCAGUGCAUGUGGUUGAAUGGUGUUUGCACUGUUAAGCAGUAAGUACUUUGUCCAUCCAGGUAGUGCCAUAAAAUGUGGUUCAGGCUUAUAUAUGAACUACUCUGUAUUUAAGCUUAAUUAAGGAGACUGUAAAUAUUUUUGUAAAUGUACAAAAUAAAUUUGUUAUGAGUUA